AUGAAUGACUAAUUAAAAAGGAUGGAAAAAGGGAAGAAUAACAGAUGCAGAUUGCUACAUAAAGUUUAUACUCAAAAAAAGAAGGCACCAUUAAAUAAUAUGAGUUUCCAAAUAAGAGUUUAGAAUAUGAUAAAGCAGAUUCGAGUUGAUUAAAUUGAGAGAAGUCGCUGCUUAAGUGAAUACGAAAAUAAGUUUCCAUACAUCUCAAGAUUGAAUCCAAUUUCCAGACCUUAAAACAUAGAACCUUUAAAUUUAAAGCUAAGCACAAUUCGCACUACUUCUCGAUAAAGCAACUUAAUUAUUGAUGGGCCUAUUAAGAGAGAGUAAUAAAAAAAUAACUCUCAAGCAAGUUUAGAUUCAAAUCUUAGGCUUACCUCGAGUCCUUAAAGAUUUUAUAAUAAGAAUAAAGUCUCAAUAUAGGCAUUAAUGUUGAAAGAUAUGAUUACUUUAAAAGAAUAGAAAAUAAAAAUAGACUAGCGAACACAAGCAGAAUCAAAUUUUUUCUAAAAUAUAUCUAGUUGGUCUAGAAAGUCUUCUGAUAGUAUUAUUUGA